GAGCCGACCCGGCCCGCUUAUGAGCAGCGGAGGAACCCCAGAGUGGGAAGCGAAAGCGGCGCCAUGACGGCGAGGCGACUCGGAUCGGUCUCUCGGCUCCUUCUUUCUCGAUCGACGGCCACCGCUCAGCUGUCGCCGCGGCCGCUUCCGUCCCGGAGGAUUUCUUGGUCAGAUCAUUUGCCUUCUAGGCAUGGAACAUGGAAUCAUUAUUAUGCCGUUACUUGCUCCACCUCAAUGCCACUUAAAGUGGGUAGUAUCACCUCAGAAACCAAUAUAUCUGAUCAGAAAAGAUGGGCUUCUCAAGCUGCAUAUGCAAAAUCUGAAAAUGGUGAAAGCAAGAUUAGCAUUGGACCUAGAAGAGGAGAGACAGAGAAAGAUGGUAAAGAAACUGGGUUUAUUUACCGGGGACCUAUCUCGUCAACCAUUAAAAAAGUGAAACUUUUGUCCCUGUCAACCUGCUGCCUCUCGGUGUCUCUUGGGCCUGUCAUAACAUUUAUGACAUCCCCUGAGAUGAAUGUGAUCCUUAAGGGAGCUGUUGCAUCUACUGUGAUUUUGCUCAGUGCUUCCACUACUGCUGCUCUGCACUGGUUUGUGAGCCCAUAUAUUCACAAGCUGAGAUGGCAACCUGGUUCUGAUAACUUUGAGGUUGAGAUGAUGUCUUGGUUGGCUACACCUGUACCAAGGACAAUCAAGUUUGCUGAUGUCAGGCCACCAGAGACCAAUAGACCAUUUGUAACCUUCAAGGCCGAGGAUAACUUCUACUUCGUCGAUGUCGAGCACUGCCACAACAAAGCAUUACUGGCGAGGUUGACACCUCAAAAAGCAUCUCAUGAAUCUGCUUUCAAGAACCUGUGAUCAUGGAGCAUUCCUAAAUUUUGCUUGCCAUGCGUUUUGUUGUUUAGCUGAACGUUUAACAUAUUUGCAGUUUCACUAUGAUGAAUCCCUACAGCAUGCUUGACUAGUCUUUGUCGGUUUGUGUAGAUCUAUCAGUCCAGAACCAAGUUUUGCUAUUUUUCUUUCAAUAAUUGGCAGUUCUGUAUCCUUUGAAACACUCAUUAGUUGGUAAGGAACAGCAAUAUUUGUGUUUGAA